UUUGGGGUAACGCUUAAUUUAAAUUUUACACAAAAUCUACCUGUGCUAAGAGUCCUUAAUAUGAGUCAUAAUGAGAUUUCCACACUGACAACAAAAGAGAUGUAUAGCAAAUCAUUAGCAGAACUUAUAUUUGCACAUAAUCAUUUAGGGAAACUUUGGAAAGACAGGGAUGGCUCAUACAAGAAACUUUUCACUAAUCUCUCUAAUUUGACAAUUUUAGAUAUAUCCUUUAAUGGCAUUGCAAAGAUUCCAGAUGAUGUUUAUGAAUAUUUGCCACGUAAUCUGACCACACUGCGCAUAAGUCAUAACUGCCUCAGUGAUUUUAGUUGGGACAAACUGCCUUUCCAUCAACUUCAGAUUUUGGACCUGAGUUACAAUUCUCUGUCUACUUUAACAACUAUUAACUCAAACAUCACACAAACUUUGAUUUUCCUUGACCUGAGUCAUAAUCACAUUUUCCAUGUGGACAAUGGUUUUUUACAGAGUUUGAAAAGCCUCAGGACUCUCAGCCUUAGUAACAACAAAUUUACUGUUGUCAAUGGAACUACCUUCAAAUCAGGACCUGCAUUUCUGACUUUGUUCCUACAAGGAAAUCCAUUUGAGUGUACUUGUGAUUUGUUAGACUUUGUUUUGUGGAUUGAACAGAGUGAUGUAAAGAUCCCAAGACUCACCACUCAGGUGACAUGUAACACACCAGUGAACUUGAGGGGCCAAGUAUUGAUACGUUUUAGCAUUCAUCAGUGUGUAAAUGCGGGUCAGGCAUUUCAGAUCUACGCUCUAACAACUUCUAUCAUUAUUCUUUUCAUGGUUGUUUCAACAGUUGCUCACUUAUUUUACUGGGAUGCUUCCUAUGUCCUACACUAUAUGAAAGCUAAGCUGAAAGGGUACAGAUCCUUGAACUCGCCAGAUACUAUUUAUGAUGUCUUUGUGACAUAUGAUACAAAAGACCCACACGUCUCUGAGUGGGUGAUGAGCAAUCUGCGGGUGCAACUGGAGGAAGAGGGAGACAAGAUACAUGCACUGUGUCUGGAAGAGAGGGACUGGCCCCCAGGAGUCCCACUGGUGGACAACCUCACCCAGAGCAUCCAGUACAGUCGCAAGACUCUGUUUGUCUUAACAAAGGGCUACGUUAAGACCGGUGCUUUCAAGCUAGCAAUGUAUCUGGCCCACCAAAGACUGCUGGAUGAAAAUGUGGAUGUGAUAGUACUGCUAAUGCUGGAGCCUGUCCUGCAGCAUUCUCACUUUCUGCGCUUGAGGAAGCGACUGUGCGAGAGCAGUGUUGUAGAGUGGCCGCGAACAGCAGCCGCAGAGCCCUGGUUUUGGCAAAACCUGCAAAGUGUCAUAAGAGUAGAUAAUCAAGUGAUGUACAACAAGACCUAUUCAAAAUACUUCACCACCAAGUGAAGAAGGAUAAUAACGAGUUUGUUUUAAAACACGUGUGUUAUAUAUAAUUUCGAGUUUGGUUUUAAAGUGUUUCUUCUUUGACUGAACUGUUUUUA